AUGACCGCACUUAGCGCAUUCUAUAAGCCUAUUGCGACGCAGCCUCCAUUGCUCACAGUACCAUCUCAUUAUUGGUCUCGAUUGUUACAAAUUGCAUCCACUCAACAAGAACAACAACAACAACAGCAACAAGAACAACAAGAACAAGAACAACAACAACAACAACAUUAUCAUCAACAUCAUUCUCAAGCAGUACCAAGUUCAGUUCCUUCAAUUGCCAAUGCCCUAUUUCCAUGGAAGGAUGAUUAUCAUACUAUCAACGGCUCUGAUGGCGAAAGUUCUCCUGAAAGCAGUCCACAUGGUUCAAGUGAUGAUGGCUCGCUGGGUGAUUUUGAAUUAACUCCUCUGGAUCUAUCUAUGAAAGCAUCUGGAGCUCGAACAGCACUACCAGCGGUAACGAUGCUAAGCACAACACCGCAAAUUGAUGGUAAAGUUGCGGUGACGGAACGAUCAAACGAUGAAAAAGACGAGAAAAACGUAGAAAAUGAAAGUGAUGAAGUAUUUGCAGGAUCAGCAAGCCAGAAAGACGGCUCAGGAACAGAGCAUGAGAAUAUGAUCGCAUCCACGGAAUCAGCAAUACUACCCAAGAAUCUUGGCAAAUUGGAUCUAACCCCAGCAGUAAAUCCCUUUUCCUCCACUGCUUUCAUGCAGAUGCUUCGUCGCCCGUUCACCUACCCGGUUGUUCCCGCACCUACAACAGCUACGGCAGCUAACCGUUUGAAUCCCUAUACACAUUCUUCACAUCAUUCAACACCAUCAGCUCCUUUACUCUCCAAAACUGCACGUGAUCGAUAUACAUGCAAAUUCUGUGCCAAAGUUUUCCCACGCAGUGCAAAUUUGACACGACAUCUUCGAACACACACCGGUGAACAGCCUUACAAGUGUCAGUACUGCGAUCGAUCAUUUUCAAUCAGCUCAAAUCUUCAGCGACAUGUUCGUAACAUACAUAACAAGGAGAAACCAUUCAGAUGUGACCGCUGCGACCGCUGUUUCGGGCAGCAAACUAAUCUAGAUCGCCAUACUAAAAAGCAUGAAUCAAGUGGUGCCCUGACGAUUGCUGCCGCUGCUGGAGCUCUAGCAGUUCGUCGAGAACCACUGACCGCACCAAUGAGAACAGCUGCCGUUGCAUUACCAUUUUCGGCUCAAAGCCUUUUUUCGCAACUAACACCAUCCGCCCAACCUAUUUUCUAAAAAUAUUCUGUAAAG